CGGCGCCGCAGGUUUGACUUUUGACUGGAACAAGACGGAGGGAGCACGUAGAUAAAAAAAACUAGCGUGUCUCUCGUAAACACUUAACAUUUAAGUUUUCUGCGGUUGUCACAUCGCACCGUAACAGAGUCAUGGAUAAAGAAGAGAGCUUGGAGGACACAGAAGAUGAAUAUUUAAAGCCGAUUCGUCAGUUGUUUAAGCGUUAUGCAGCUUGUUACGGCGUGUGUGAGGACGCGUGGACGGAGGACAACGAGAAGGCUCUGGACGCGUUCAUCGUGGACACCUCGGUCACGGCUGUGGUGGUGUACGUGGUCACCGAGGUCGGCCUGUGGGUGACGCACUCCCAGUCUUUACCGGAAGGGGAAGUGGAACAGCUGUUCUACUUCAUCCGCCUGCCCGGAGCCGUGAUCGCCGUGCAGACGUUUGAGUUGGGCGUGCAGGUCGGCACCGUGCGGGGGGACAGCGUUCAGAGGCUGCUGCACGACAUGAGCAGCUCCCACGUGCCCCCGAUCGCCCUCAGCACCUACAUGGAGAAGAGCAUCAAGGACAGCUACACGGCCGACCUACACUGCUACCUCGCCAGUCUCACAGAUGACAUGUACACAAAGUUGGACAAAACCGUGCUGUACAUCCCCAUGGAAGCACUACAGUUAAGUCCUGAAGUGGCCAGCAAGGACAAGCAGCUGGUGCAGAGACUGGAAAUCGCUAUGAUCCACUGGACCGACCAGAUCCGGGAGCUGCUGAGCGCCCAAGAAAUAGUGAAGUUGAGGGACAGCUGCGGUCCGCUGCAGGAGAUAGCUUUCUGGAAGAGGUGCUCCGCCAAGCUGCUGGACAUCAGCCAGCAGCUGCAGAGGCCCGGGGUCAAGCACAUCGAGAACAUCCUGAAAGUGGCCAAGUCCGUGUAUGUGCAACGUUUCUGUAAACAGGCCAAAGACAUACAGGAUUGCUCUUUGCAGGCCCAGUCAAACCUCUCGUACUUGUCCAUCCUGAAGGAGCCCUGUGAGGAGUUUGCCCAGCUCAAGCCCACACAAGUGGCUUCCAAGCUGCCGCACAUUGUCAACCUCGUUCGUAUCAUCUGGGUCAACUCCACCCACUACAACACCAGCGAGAGAAUUACUGGCCUCUUCUGUAAGAUAAAUAAUGAGAUCAUACGCCUGUGCUCAGAGAGCAUCUCUCUGGACAGGAUCUUUGAGGGAUAUGUGUUCUCCAGCAAGCAGAUCAUCCAUGACUGCAUACAGUGCUGUCUGUCCUGGAAGGAAAUUUACCUGCACAAGUCUCAGAUCCACCACAAGUAUUCUUCAAAGGGGUGGGUCCUGGACCAAACACGGUUUUUCGUGGUGACUGAGACUUUCAUUCAGAGGCUCAGAGACCUGCUGGAGGUCUGCGACUGCCAGAACCAGUUUGCCCGUUGGGAGGACGGUCGGCAGAGGGCCCUGCCGUGCUUCAGUGGCUGUGAAGGGCCAGAGUUCACCCGCAACCUCCUGGAAAUAGAAGACAGCUUCCACCACGGCCUCCAGAACCUCCGCUCUGUGGACAAGGGAAUCCUGGACAUUAAGGACAUCACAUGGAGCAAUAAAUUCAAGAGGUUUUCCUUUUUGGUAAAGGACCUGGAAAUGUUGACGCAGAACCUGAUGAGUUCCGUGUUUAAGACGGUGAACACAGUCGACGAAGGAAUCCGGCUCCUGGACAUUUUUAGAUCGGUGUCCACCCGCAAGGCCAUCACGCACUUCAUCGAGGAGAAGGUGGAAGAAGUGUACAGCAUCAUCAACAAGGAGCUUAAAAUGGUGAAGAAGGAGUUCAACCACAACUCAAAGGCUUUUCCCGAGCGCAUGCCCCACGUCGUAGGCCACACCUACUGGGUGAGAGCCCUGAAACAUCGCCUGGAGAGACCCAUGGAGGUGCUCCAGAAGGCCCACUUCAUGCCCGACUCUUACACUCGCAAGCAGGCGAUCUGCAUCAACGCGCAGACGGUCCAGAUUCUGGACGACGUGGUGAGGAAGAACUUCAGCGAGUGGAGCCAGAAGCUGGACAGACAGUACUUCAACAAGCUGGAGCAGUCGCUCAUGGUGCGCUGCAAGGACAGGACGGCCAAGCUGGAGAUCAACUUUGACAACAAUUUGUUGAAUCUGUUCUUAGAAAUCCACUUCUGGGAUCGACUGAAGUUUGAGAUUCCCCAGUGUGUGUCUGACAUUUACCAGGACAGGGAGGACCUGCGAGGCCUGAGGGAGAGAGUGCUGCUGCUCAUCAGGGAUUACAACAGGAUCAUUGACGUGCUGUCUGAGGACGAGCUGGGUCUGUUUCGGGAGCGAAUUACUUUCAUCGAUAGGAAGAUUCAACCAGGCCUCACCAAGCUCCAGUGGUUGUCUAAAGGAACGUCUAACGUCUUCAUCCGGGACUGUCUCCUCCACGUUGACAAGGUCCUGUCGAUAGUUGAUGGUUACAAAGCGUCAAAUCUGUCCAUCUCCAGCCUCUGCCGCCAGAUUAGUGAAGCGUUGCUGAUUAGACUGGAUGGGAAAACUGUGUACAGGGAGGUGGAGUUUGAGAAUGAGCAGAAAGCUCACCAACAGACUCAACUCCAAACCCUGCGCUCAGCGCACCAGAAUAUCGUUGACAUCAUGAUGAGCAUCCACAGCAUCUUUGCUAAUGACGGACCUGAAGUCCAGGAGCACUGGGCCACCUACACAGAGAAGGUGGACCACAUGAUAGAGGAAUCUCUCAGGAGCAACGUCAAACACACCAUGAGGAAGCUUUCCAGAGCCAUCAACGGCUACAACAAGGCGUCGUCCAACCCCUUGUUCAAAGUCCUGGUAGAAAUGAGCCGGACCUCUCCCCAAACCACACCCAAGGUGGAGUUCUCCCCGAGCCUUGCGAAGCUUUCUCACAUUGUGAACAUCAUGCCUCAGCUCAUCAACAUCAUCUCCGAAUUCAAACGUCUCCCUGAACUCCCUGAACUCUCCUGCAAAGGCUCCCAGGAGAACCCAAUGCACGUCAACAUAGAGCAAGACGAGGAGAUAAAGAAGAUCCAGGCUGCGGUUUCCACAGGCAUGACGGCCAGCGCCAGUCACCUGCAGGCGUAUCUGAAGUCCUGGGAUAAAUACAGAGACAUCUGGGAGAUCAACAAAGACUCCUUCAUACAGCGCUACCGAAGACUCAACCCACCCGUGUCUUCUUUUGAUGCAGACAUACACAGGUACACGGAGAAGGCCAACAGCGUCCAGCAGGAAGACACGGUGUUUACCAUCCGCUUCGUCAUGCUGGACUGUUCGCCGCUCAAGUCGUCCCUGGUGCAGCACUGCCACGAGUGGCAGACCAAGUUCACGCAGCUCCUCAGUCACAUGGUCAGCUCCCGGGUAAAGGAGCUCCAUGCCUCCCUGCAGGACAACGCCAGGAGGCUGACGAGGUCUCCGCAGACGCUGGCGGAGCUCGGCGAGAGCCUCAAACUCCUGGAGACGCUCCAGGGCAACGUGGCGAAGACGGAGGCUCAGAUCUGCCUCAUCCACGAGCAGUUCUCCAUCCUGGACAAAUACGAGGCCCCGGUGGAGCACGACGUGCAGGAGAUGCGCGUGGUGUUGAACGACGAGUGGGUGAAAUUCCAGCAGGUGCUGAUCGACAGCGACGCGAUGCUGCAGAAGCACAAGGAGAAGUUUAAGAACAGCCUCAUCCACUCCGCCGAGGAGUUCAACCGGAAGAUUGAGACCACCGUGCAGGACUUCGUCAGCAGAGGUCCGUUUACCAGUACACUGAGCUCUGAGGAGGCCUUGAAGCAGCUGGCAGAGCAUCGCAAACAGCUGGAGGCUCUGAAACAGGAAGAGAGCACCAUCCUGGAAGGGCUGGGCUUCUUCAAGAUGGAGCAGAUCCCCUCCAAAACCAUGAAGAUGCUGGAGAAGGACAUGGACCAUCUGCAGCAGGUCUGGGACAUCACGGAGGAGUGGAACCGUAACUGGAACGCCUGGAAGGUGGGUCAGCUCGCUCUCCUCCAAACGGAGAGCAUGGAGAGGACGGCGCAGGACAUGUUCAAAAGGCUCCACAAGCUCCACCGGGAGCUCAAGGAUAAUGAGUGGGACAUAGUGAAUUUCUCCAAGAAGAAGAUCGACCAGUUCAAGCAGAUCAUUCCACUCAUAACCGACCUGAGGAAUCCAGCCAUGAGAGACAGGCACUGGCAGCAGAUCUGCGAGGAGCUGAAGUGCUCUUUCGACCACACCAGCGCCGAGUUCACCUUGGAGAAGAUCAUGUCUCUGAACCUGGACAAGCACGCCGAGAACAUCUGUGAGAUCUCCGCAGCCUCCAGCAAGGAGCUCUCCAUCGAGCAGGGUCUGGAGGACAUCGCCAAGACAUGGGAGGAGAUGCCCCUGGAUAUAACACCUUAUAAAGAGGAAGGCCACUACCGGAUCAAGGGAACGGAGGACAUUUUCCAGCUCCUGGAUGACAGCCAAGUCACCCUGUCCACAAUGAAGGCUUCUCGCUUCGUCAAAGCCUUUGAUCAGGAGGUGGACCUCUGGGAGCGCCGGCUUUCCCAAGUGCUGGAGGUGAUCGAGAUGAUCCUCACUGUGCAGCGGAACUGGAUUUAUUUGGAGAACAUUUUCCAAGGAAAGGACAUCAGGGAGCAGCUGCCUCAGGAGUGCAAAGAGUUUGAGGACGUCAGUUCCAGUUGGAAAACCAUAAUGGUCCGUCUUCAUGAGAACAACAACGCCGUACAGGGAACGCACCAUCCCGGUUUGCUGGAGAAGCUCUCGGACAUGAGCACUCGGCUGGAGGAAAUCCUGAAGGCCUUGGACAUGUACCUGGAGACCAAGAGACAGCUCUUCCCGAGGUUCUACUUCCUGUCCAACGACGACGUGCUGGACGUCCUGGGGCAGUCGCAGAACCCGGAGGCCAUGCAGCCUCACAUGAAGAAGUGCUUCGACAACAUCAAGAGCCUGAACAUUAAAAAGAUUGGCGGUAAACUACACGCUGAUAAGAUGUACUCUGCCGAUGGCGAGUGCAUCGCGUUCAAGUCUCCAGUGGAUCUGGGUAAACCCGUGGAGCUUUGGCUGUGUGAUAUUGAGAAGAUGAUGCGCAUCACGCUGAAGGACAGUCUGAACACCUGUCAUUCUGUCCUGAAGACAAUAAAAGGACCGAGAGACAAAUGGGUCAGAGAAUGGCCCGGACAGAUGCUAAUCACGGCCAGUCAGAUCCAGUGGACCUUGGAUGUCACCAAAUCUCUGAUUACUUGCAAGGAGAGAGGUGACAAGUCCUCUCUUAAGUUCAUGUGGAAGAAACAGGUCUCCAUGCUUCGCUGCUAUUCAGAAACUAUCCGUAACGACCUGUCCAAAGUGCUGCGUCUGAAGAUCGUGGCGCUGGUCACGGUGGAAGUUCACGCUCGGGACGUGAUCGCUAAGCUGGGCAAGGCGGGCUGCAGCGACGUCAACGCCUUCGAGUGGCUGUGCCAGCUACGACUUUACUGGGACAAGGACUUGAAUGACUGCAUAAUCCGACAGACCAACACGCAUUUCAAGUACGGCUACGAAUACCUCGGAAACUCGGGAAGGCUCGUCAUCACGCCGCUCACAGACAGGUGUUACAUGACCCUGACCACGGCCCUCCAUCUCCACCGAGGCGGCUCUCCCAAAGGCCCGGCUGGUACCGGGAAGACGGAGACGACCAAGGACUUAGGCAAAGCUCUGGGCAUGUACGUCAUUGUAGUCAACUGCUCCGAAGGACUGGACUACAAAUCCAUGGGACGCAUGUACUCGGGCCUAGCGCAGACGGGAGCUUGGGGCUGCUUCGACGAGUUCAACCGCAUCAACAUAGAGGUGCUGUCCGUGGUGGCGCAGCAGAUCCUGUCCAUCCUGUCCGCCCUCUCGGCCGGACAGACCAAGUUCCAUUUCGAAGGGCAGCUCAUCCGCCUGGUCUCGUCCUGUGGCAUCUUCAUCACCAUGAAUCCUGGUUACGCCGGUCGCACUGAGCUUCCCGACAACCUUAAGUCCAUGUUCAGACCCAUCUCGAUGGUGGUGCCAGACUCCACCCUCAUUGCUGAGAUCCUGCUGUUUGGAGAGGGCUUCAACAACUGCAAGAUCCUGGCUAAGAAGGUGUUCACGCUUUACUCCCUGGCCGUGCAGCAGCUGUCUAAACAGGACCACUACGAUUUCGGCCUCCGCGCUCUCACCUCCCUGCUUCGCUACGCCGGGAGGAAGCGCCGCUCGUGUCCCAACGUCCCCGAUGAAGAAAUCCUUCUAAUGGCCAUGAAGGACAUGAACAUCGCUAAGCUGGCUUCCACCGACGUGCCGUUGUUUAAUGGCAUCAUCCAGGACCUGUUUCCUGCUGUGGAAACUCCGGUUAUUGAGUAUGGGAAGCUGAAGGAGAUUAUAGAGGCGGAGCUUCACCAGAGCGGUUUGCAGGUGACUCCGUUCACCAUGACAAAAGUCAUCCAGCUUUACGAGACCAAAAACUCUCGCCACUCCUCCAUGCUGGUGGGCAAGACGGGCAGCGCCAAGACCGUCACCUGGAGGAUUUUGCAGAAAGCCCUCACUACGCUGCACCAUAAGGGAGAGCCAGGCUUUCAGCUGGUCAAGGAGUAUCCUCUGAAUCCGAAAGCGAUGAGUCUGGGGGAGCUGUACGGGGAGAACGACCUCUCCACUAAUGAGUGGAGCGACGGAGUGUUGUCUUCCCUCAUGAGAUCGGCUUGUGCAGACGAGAAACCGGAUGAGAAGUGGAUCGUGUUCGACGGACCCGUCGACACGUUGUGGAUCGAGAGCAUGAACUCCGUCAUGGACGACAACAAGGUGCUGACGCUCAUCAACGGGGAGAGGAUCUCCAUGCCCGAGCAGGUGUCUCUGUUGUUUGAGGUGGAGAACCUGGCGAUGGCGUCCCCGGCCACCGUGUCUCGGUGUGGAAUGGUCUACAACGAUUACAUUGACCUGGGAUGGAAGCCUUUCGUCCAGUCCUGGCUGGACAAGCGACACAAAGCCGAAGUGGAGCAUUUAAAAGGCUUGUUUGAGAAGUACGUAGAAAACACUCUGAGCCUGAAGAAGAACCACUGCAAGGAGCUGAUCCCCAUCACUGAGCUCAACGGCGUCACGUCUCUCUGCCGCCUCUACGACUCCCUGGCUACGCCCGCUAACGGGGUGAACCCUUCAGACAGAGAAAGUCUGGGCAGGAUCGUGGAGCUCUGGUUCAUCUUCAGCCUCAUCUGGUCCAUCUGCGCUUCUGUCGAUGAGUACGGACGCAAAAAGAUGGACGCCUUCCUGCGCAAGAUGGAGGGAAACUUCCCUGACAAGGACACAAUUUACGAGUACUACGUGGACACGAAGAACAAAAGCUGGGCCUCUUUCGAAGACAAGGUGCCAAAAGGCUGGCGCUACAACUCAGCGGCUCCGUUCUAUAAGAUCAUGGUUCCUACGGUGGACACGGUUCGCUACAACUUACUGGUGAAGGCUUUGGUCACGAGUCAGUACCCGGUGCUGCUCACCGGGCCGGUGGGAACCGGCAAAACGUCGGUGGCACAAAGCGUCCUGCAGGGCAUGGAUAACAAAUGGACCGCCCUCACGAUCAACAUGUCGUCACAGACCACCUCCAACAACAUCCAGGCCAUCGUGGAGAGCCGGAUAGAGAAGCGCACCAAGGGCGUGUUUGUGCCGUCGGGCGGGAAGCGUCUGCUGUGCUUCAUGGACGACCUCAACAUGCCGGCCCACGACCUCUUCGGCUCCCAGCCGCCGCUGGAGCUGCUGCGCCACUGGAUCGACUACGGCUUCUGGUACGACCUCCAGAAACAGACCCUGAAGUUCGUCAAGGGCAUGUUCUUGUUGGCGUCCAUGGGCCCCCCCGGCGGAGGAAGGACUCACAUCUCCGCCCGCUUACAGAGUCGAUUCAACCUCAUCAACAUGACCUUUCCUCAGGAGUCUCAGAUCAAGUGCAUCUACAGCACCAUGAUCAACCAGAAGCUGCAGGGAUUCACGGAGGAGGUGAAACCCAUCGGAGAGGUUCUGACUCAGGCCACUUUGCAGCUGUACAACGCCGUCACUGCUUGUUUCCUCCCCACUCCAACCAAGAUACAUUACCUCUUCAACCUCAGGGACAUCUCCAAGGUGUUUCAGGGCCUGUUACGAGCUCAGCCAGACUCCCACGAGACCAAAGACAGCCUCAUUAGACUGUGGAUCCACGAGUGCUUCAGGGUUUUCUCCGACCGGCUGGUGAACCGCAGCGACAUGGACACGUUCGUUGGUUUGCUGGAGGAGAAACUGUGUUCGCUCUUUUCCCUGAGCUUUCUCAACAUCUGCCCGAACAAACAGCUUCCAGUAUUUGGUGAUUUCCUGAACGAUUCUUCUGUCUACGAGGACCUGCUGGACAUGAAGGUUCUCAAGAAGUUCAUGGAGACGCAGCUGGAGGACUACAACCUGACUCCCGGCGUGGUGCCCAUGAACCUGGUGCUCUUCCGGGAUGCCAUCGAGCACGUGACCCGCGUGGUCCGCGUCAUCAGCCAGCUCAGGGGCAACAUGCUGCUGGUCGGCGUCGGGGGCUCGGGCCGCCAGAGCCUGUCCAAGAUGGCCGCCUUCAUCUGCGAGUAUCAGGUGUUCCAGGUGGAGGUCACCAAGCAGUACCGCAAGCAGGAGUUCAGAGAAGACAUCAAGAAGCUGUACCGUUUGGCCGGAGUCGACAACAAGCCCACGGUGUUUCUGUUCAACGACACCCAGAUCGUGGACAAAUCCUUCCUGGAGGACAUCAAUAACAUCCUGAGCUCUGGAGAAGUGCCUAAUCUCUACAAGCAGGACGAGUUUGUCGAGGUUUGCAGCGCUCUGUCAGACUCUGCCAGGAAAGACAACGUGGUGGAGACUCCUGACUCACUGUUCAGCUACCUGAUCGAGCGCGUCAGGAACAACCUGCACAUAGUGCUCUGCAUGAGCCCGGUGGGAGAGCCCUUCAGGAACUACAUCCUCCAGUACCCCGCGCUAGUCAACUGCACUACAAUCGACUGGUUCUGCGAGUGGCCCAAAGACGCCCUGCUGGAGGUGGCUGAGAGGUACUUGGAUGGACUGGACCUGGGUUCCUUGAAGGGGAUCCAGACGAAGGUUGCCAGCAUUUUCGUGACCAUGCACCAGUCGGUGGCGCAGGUCUCCCAGAGGAUGAAGCUGGAGCUGCGAAGGCACAACUACGUGACGCCCACCAACUACCUGGAGCUGGUGUCCGGAUAUAAAAAGCUGCUGGCAGAGAAACGUUCUGAACUGGGGGAGCAGGUGACCAAGCUGCGCAACGGCCUCUUCAAAAUCAGCGACACGCGGCAGAAAGUGGAGGCCAUGUCUGUGGAGCUGGAGGAGGCCAAGAAGAAAGUGGCCGAGUUCCAGAAACAGUGCGACGAAUACUUGUCCGUCAUCGUGCAGCAAAAGAUCGAGGCUGACAAGCAGCAGAAGACCGUGAGCGCUAAUAGUGAAAAAAUCGGUGCAGAAGAGUUGGAGUGUAAAGCCAUGGCUAAGAACGCACAAAGAGACCUGGACGAGGCCCUGCCUGCCCUGCAAGAGGCCAUGGAGGCUCUGGAGUCUCUGAAUAAGAAAGACAUGACAGAGAUCAAGUCGUACGGCCGUCCUCCGGCGCUGGUGGAGACGGUGAUGCAGGCGGUUAUGACCCUUCAGGGCAAAGAGCCCACCUGGGCAGAGGCCAAAAGACAGCUGGGUGAGGCCAACUUCAUCAAAACGCUGGUUAAUUUUGACAAGGAUAAUAUAUCGGACCGCGUUUUGAAGAAGAUCGGCCAGUACUGCAAACAAGUGGACUUCCAGCCAGAGAUCAUUGGCAAAGUGUCACUAGCUGCCAAGUCCCUGUGCAUGUGGGUCAGAGCCAUGGAGGUCUACGGACGUAUUUUCAGAGUGGUUGAGCCGAAGCGGAUCCAGCUGAACGCCGCCAUGUCCCAGCUGAAAGAGAAGCAGGACGCGCUGGCUGCAGCCCAGAACAAACUGAGAGAGGUGGCGGAGAAGCUGGAGGAGCUGAAAAGGCAGCACAGUGAGAAAAUUGCCACGAAGGACAGUUUGAGGAGGAAAUCGGAGGAGAUGGAGCUGAAACUGGACCGGGCUGACAAACUGGUGACCGGACUGGCUGGAGAGAGGGUCCGCUGGGAGGAGAGAGUCGCUGGCCUUGAAGAAAACAUGGGAUACCUGGUGGGAGACUGUUUACUGGCCACGUCCUUCCUGUCCUACAUGGGACCCUUCCCUUCCAAUUACAGGGACGAGCUGCUUCCCAUCUGGAUGAAGGAGGUACGAGGCUUAGAGAUCCCGUUCACACCGGGAUUCAGCUUCGCCGUUUUUCUGUCCAAGCCCACAGUGGUGAGGGACUGGAACAUUCAGGGCCUGCCCUCCGACGCUUUCUCCACUGAGAACGGAGUCAUCGUCACCCGUGGAAACCGAUGGCCACUGAUGGUGGAUCCUCAAGGCCAAGCUCUGAUGUGGAUCAGGAAUAUGGAAAUGAACAUGGGGCUGAAGGAAAUAGACUUCCAGAUGCCAGACUACCUGCGGGUGCUGGAGGGCGCCAUCCAGUUCGGGAACCCCGUUCUGCUGCAGAACGUCCAGGAGGAGCUGGAACCCUCUCUGAACCCGGUCCUCAACAAGUCCGUCACUCAGAUAGGCGGGAGGCUCCUGAUGAAGCUGGGCGAUCGGGAGGUGGAGUACAAUCCGGACUUCAGGUUCUACAUCACCACCAAGAUGUCAAACCCCCAUUACACACCAGAGAUCUCCUCAAAGACAACCAUCGUCAACUUCGCCGUCAAGGAGCAGGGUCUGGAGGCCCAGUUGCUGGGCAUCGUGGUGCGUAAGGAGCGUCCAGAGCUGGAAGAACAGAAGGACUCUCUGGUGAUCAGCAUUGCAACUGGCAAGAAAAGCCUGCAGGACCUGGAGGAUGAGAUCCUCAGGCUGCUGAAUGAGGCGACUGGCUCGCUGCUGGACGAUGUGCAGCUGGUGAACACGCUGCAGACGUCCAAAGUGACGUCCACCGAGGUGUCAGAGCAGCUGGAGACCAGCGAACAGACUGAGCUCAAGAUCGACUCCGCUAGAGAGGCCUACCGCCCGUGCGCCCAGCGAGCCUCCAUCCUCUUCUUCAUCCUGAACGACAUGGGCCGCAUCGACCCCAUGUACCAGUUCUCGCUGGACGCCUACAUCAACCUGUUCACCGUCAGCAUAGAAAAGAGCAAGCGCAGCCACAAGCUGGAGGAAAGGAUAACGAACCUGAACGACUACCACACGUACGCAGUGUACAGGUACACGUGCCGCGGUCUGUUUGAGGUCCACAAGCUGCUCUUCAGCUUCCAGAUGUGCGCCAAAAUCCUGGAGGUGGCCGGCAAACUCAACAUGGACGAAUACAACUUCUUCCUUCGAGGGGGACUGGUACUUGAUAAGGAGGAUCAGAUGGAUAACCCGUGCAUCAGCUGGUUGCCGGACUCCAGCUGGGACAACAUCACAGAGUUGGAUAAGCUGCCCAACUUCCACGGCAUCAUGGCCUCCUUUGAACAGUACCCUCGAGACUGGAACCUUUGGUUCACCAGCCCCGAGCCAGAGAACGCUGCACUGCCAGGUGCUUGGGAAAGUAGCUGCAGUGAGCUCCAGAAAAUGCUGAUCGUGCGCUCCCUGCGCCAGGACCGCGUCUCCUUCUGCGUGACCUCCUUCAUCGUCAACCACCUCGGCUCUCGUUUCGUGGAGCCGCCCGCUCUCGACAUGAAGGCGGUCGUGGAGGAAUCCAACAGCAGCACUCCUCUGAUCUUCGUCCUGUCUCCUGGAGUGGACCCUACAGGUGCACUGCUGCAGCUGGCUGAGAGCUCCGGCAUGAGCAAGGACUUUCAUGCUCUCUCGCUGGGCCAGGGACAGGCCCCCAUCGCCAAGAGCAUGAUAGAGGAGGGCGUCAAGAAUGGUCACUGGGUGUUCCUUGCCAACUGCCACCUCUCUCUGUCAUGGAUGCCUGAGCUGGACAAGCUGGUUAAGCAGCUACAAGUUAAAAAGCCUCAUCCAAACUUUAAACUCUGGCUCAGCUCUUCACCACACCCAGAGUUCCCCAUCACCAUCCUGCAGGCCGGCAUCAAGAUGACCACCGAGCCACCGAAGGGCGUGAAAGCCAACAUGAAGCGUCUUUACCAGCUGGUGACGGAGGCUCAGUUCAGCCGCUGCUCGAAGCCCGUUCCCUACAGGAAGCUCCUCUACUCCCUCUGCUUCUUCCACAGCAUCCUGCUGGAACGAAAGAAGUUCCUGCAGAUGGGGUGGAACAUCGUCUACGGCUUCAACGAUUCUGACUUCGAGGUGAGCGAGAACCUGCUCAGUCUGUACCUGGACGAGUACGAGGAGAUUCCCUGGGACGCGCUCAAGUACCUGAUCUCCGGGGUGAACUACGGGGGCCACGUCACGGACGACUGGGACAGACGCCUCCUCACCACGUACAUCAACGAUUACUUCUGCGACGGCGCCGUAAACCAGCCCUUCUACAAGUUAUCGUCUUUGAACUCCUACUACAUCCCCCGGGACGGCACCCAGGCCGCGUACAAGGAGCACAUCAGCCUGCUGCCGCCCACCGAGCACCCCGAGGUGUUCGGCCAGCACGCCAACGCCGACAUCGCCAGCCAGGUGGCCGUGACCAAGACCCUGUUUGACACACUGCUCUCGCUGCAGCCCCAGGUCACCAGCACCGCGUCGGGGUCAGCAGCAGGGGGCGCCGCCAGUAGAGAGGAUAAGGUGCUGGAGCUGUUGAGCGACGUCCGUGGGAAGAUCCCCGCGCCCAUCGACUACGAGCACACGAGGUCCCUCCUCCAGGAGAACAUGUCGCCUCUGAACGUGGUUCUGCUGCAAGAGAUCCAGAGAUACAACUCUCUGCUGGAGACCAUCAUCUCGUCCCUGGUGGAGCUGGAGAGGGGGAUCAAAGGUUUGGUGGUGAUGUCCCCCAACAUGGAGGAGAGCUUCAACUGCAUCCACGACGCCCGCGUGCCGCCGCUGUGGGACAAGGCCUACCCUUCACUGAAGCCCCUGGCAGCCUGGACCAGGGACCUCUGCCAGCGAGUCGACCAGUUUGCAGCUUGGGCCGGGACGACGCAGCCCCCCACGUUGUUCUGGCUGUCGGGCUUCACCUUCCCCAACGGGUUCCUCACGGCCGUGCUGCAGUCGUCCGCCCGACAGUACAACAUCUCGGUGGACACUCUGUCCUGGGAGUUUAUAGUGUCCACCCUGGACGACAGCAACCUCCUCCACCCGCCCAAGGACGGCGUGUAUGUCCGAGGUCUAUAUUUGGAGGGGGCCGGCUGGGACAAGAGGAACUCGUGUCUGGUGGAGGCCGAGCCCAUGCAGAUGGUGUGUCCCAUCCCCACCAUCCACUUCAAGCCGGUGGAAAACCGCAAGAAGAUGGCCAAGCGCAUGUACCUGUGUCCGUGUUACUACUUCCCGGUUCGCUCCGGGGGAGCGGGCCGGGCGUCGUUCGUGGUCGGCGUGGAGCUGAAGUCCGGAGACGUGAGCCCGGACCACUGGAUAAAGAGGGGGACGGCUCUGCUCCUGAGCCUGGACAGCUGAAGGCCGCGACGGACACGUUCAAAACCGUUCAUUCUUCCAGCUGUUUGUUACUUCAUGUACAAGUUUUUACAGCAUCAGUUUAACAGUGAACGUGUUGCCUUCUGUGAAUAAACCCUUCGACUGUUCGUCGCUGCUCUGCUCUGUCUCUACACCGUCUUUUCCUUCUUUCUCCUGCUGUUUGUUGACCGAUUACGAACUCUCUGCAGACCCGCAUCAGUCUUUCCAUGCUGACCCCCGUCUUA